UUUCCAAAUUACGGUGAGGAGAGAGUGUCACCCACUCUCAUUGAUUUCCUCGGAUAACUACCGCGAAGAAGGAAAUAAACAGGGAUAAACAGAGAGGGAAAAAAAACAAGAUAAAGAAAAAAACAGAGAUUCACUGGAUCGAUUGCAAAGGACAAUUGGGUUUUUUUAUUUCAUUUUCCCUUUCUUCUUUGGUUCCUAGUUGAACUUGGAGCAAGACAGCUAUAGUUGUGCUGUCCAUCACACUCCACAAACACUAUACACACUCCACAAACACUAUAACAUGCUCUGCAAAUACUUAACUUCUCCAUGGGUGCUAUAACCACCUCCAAAAAUGCUAUAACCACUCCACAAAUGUUAAAACAUGCUCUAGCGACCACAAAUACUAUAACAAUUUUUUUUUAUUGCUAGUCGUUUGGCCCUGCAUUUCUGUAGCUUCCCAGCUCUAUUCUGGACAUGGAGGGUUUUUCCAACUCUGCAUGUCACUCUCACAUUCCCAUUUGGAACCAGCCCAUUUCAAUUUUUGUGCAUUAUGCACAUUCUUGCAGGUUCCACACGUUUUCCAUGAUGAUUACUUAAACUUGCAGUUAAUUUAGGGGCAAUUUAACUGCAGUUGUUAGAUGAUAAGACCUGGUGUGUGAAAAAGUCAUGGCAGAGGGCACAGAAAUUGAGGAACGAGUGGAUCUUGAAGAAGACAAUUAUAUGGAAGAGAUAGACGAUGAUGUUCAAGAUCAACUAGAUGAGGAUGGAGAAGAUGAUGCUGGAGAUGCACAUGCUGAAGAAAAUGUUGAAGAGGAGUAUGAGGACUCAAAGCCCGAGGGCAGUCAGAAAGAUCAAUCUCCAGAAGCAGAUAGAAGCCUUCCCAACGCUGAACCUGUGGAGGAUGAACAAAAGCCCACUGCUUCGGUUAAAAAAGAGGAAAAGGAUAAGCAUGCUCAACUACUUUCUCUUCCUCCUCACGGUUCUGAAGUUUUCAUUGGUGGACUUCCGAAGGAUGUAAUCGAAGAUGAAUUGAGGGAUCUCUGUGAAACGAUAGGCGAAAUUUUUGAGAUAAGGCUAAUGAAAGAUAAAGACACUGGUGAAAGCAAGGGUUUUGCUUUUGUAGCAUUCAAAUCAAAGGAGGUUGCUCGAAAAGCCACUGAAGAGCUUCGUAGUAAAGACUACAAGGGAAAAACCUUAAGGUGUUCAAUAUCUGAAACAAAAAAUAGAUUGUUUAUUGGUAAUGUUCCAAAGAACUUGACAGAGGAUGAGUUUAGAAAAAUCAUUGAAGAGGUUGGUCCCGGGAUGGAAGUUCUUGAGCUCAUAAAGGAUCCUCAAACUCCAACUCGCAACCGUGGUUUUGCUUUUAUAUUGUAUUACAAUAAUGCUUGUGCUGAUUAUUCAAGGCAGAAAAUGUUAAAUGCUAAUUUUAAGCUUGAUGGUCAUACCCCCACUGUUAGCUGGGCUGAUCCAAAGGGCAUGCCUCCUGAUCAUUCUCCUGCUGCUGCUGGCCAGGUUAAGGCUCUGUAUGUGAAAAACAUACCUGAGAACACCUCCACUGAGAAACUGAAGGAACUAUUCCAGCGCCAUGGGGAUGUGACUAAAGUUGUUACACCACCUGGAAAAGCUGGAAAACGAGAUUUUGGGUUCAUUCACUAUGCUGAAAGGUCAAGUGCAUUGAAGGCAGUCAGAGAUACAGAGAAAUAUGAAAUCGAUGGUCAGUUGUUGGAGGUUGUUCUUGCUAAGCCUCAGGCUGAUAAAAAACCUGAUGGAUCUUAUCCUUACAACGCUGGAGUUAAUCCAAACCCAGUCCCCCUUCCUGCAUAUAGUGGAUUUGCAGGGAAUCCACAUGGCUCUUUGGGCACUGGAUUUGGUGUUGCUGCCGGUUUUCAGCAGCCAGUUAUAUAUGGUAGGGGUCCAAUGCCAGCAGGAAUGCAUAUGGUACCGAUGGUUUUACCAGAUGGUCGAAUUGGCUACGUCCUUCAGCAGCCUGGAGUACAGAUGCCACAGCCUCAGCCUCGAAGAGUUGAUCGGAGCAAUAGUCCAAGUGGGCCUGGGCGAGCUGGUAGUAGUGGUGAUGAUGGCAAUCGCGGAAGAAGGUACCGACCUUAUUAGCGAUGUGUUGUAGUUUUCCAGGGAAUUGAGAAACAUUUUAGUUGGAUGACUUUGUUUCGCCAAACAAAUAACAGAGCUAUCACCCAUUCCCUCAACCUCACAACUCCCUAGAAUCUCAAUAAAGAGAAGAAAAAAAAACCAAAGUAUGAAGUAGAAGGAUGUUAGAAUAGGACUGUGAAGUACUGUGACUUUGAUGUUGUAGGAGACAGUUGACAGUUCAGUAAUUGCUCUUUUAUUUAUUGGCAUCGUUUUAUGGUA